AAGAAAAUACAAUUGAAGUGGACUGGUCAUCGUAACUCGAUACCCAACCAAAUAAGUGCCAUUGCACUAACGCAUUUCGCAAGCGACACAAUUAGCUUGUAAAGAAAUGAGUGCAACGACACUUAUGCAAAUAAUUUAGGAAACUUAGAAUAAGCAAUAUUCGUAUUUCGUUGAUUCACCAAAUAUUGUAUUGUAAGUGAAUCAACUAUUAGCAAUAGGAAAUAUUAUAAAUACUAGCUGUAAGCAUAUCAAAAUUGUAAUUGAAAUUUACCAUUUAAUCAAUAAAGACGCGUUUCGACGCCAGUUGAUUUUUUUUAAGCCACGACUUUCGCAUUGGCUUAUUUGGCGCAGUCACCGGAAAUCAAUUCUGAAGAAUUGAUUAAAAGAACCAUCGGCAUCCUUAAGGACCGAAAAGUAAAAUUCCUGACUAAAGUCAAGAAUUAGUGAUUACAAGAACAUCGGCAUCCUUAAGGACCGAAAAAUAAAAUUCCUGACUAAAGUCAAGAAUUAGUGAUUAAAAGAACCAUCGGCAUCCUUAAGGACCGAAAAGUAAAAUUCCUGACUAAAGUCAAGAAUUAGUGAUUACAAGAACGUCGGUAUCCCGAAGGACCGAAAAAUAAAAUUCCUGACUAAAGUCAAGAAUUAGUGAUUAAAAGAACCAUCGGCAUCCUUAAGGACCGAAAAGUAAAAUUCCUGACUAAAGUCAAGAAUUAGUGAUUACAAGAACGUCGGUAUCCCGAAGGACCGAAAAAUAAAAUUCCUGACUAAAGUCAAGAAUUAGUGAUUAAAAGAACGUCGGUAUCCCAAAGGACCGAAAAACAAAAAUUUCUGACUAAAGUCAAGAAAUAGUGAUAAAAGGCUACUUGAACACUGGCAGAUCGGUAAACCGAAAAAUAAUAGUGAACAGUGAUCAAAAGACACUAAAGACGUUUGUAUACUCGUACAAGUGAUUUAAAUUGCUCCUACAUAUUUAAACAAAAGCAAAAGUUUACAAACUAAUAGUGAACAGUGAUCAAAAGACACUAAAAACGUUUGUAUACUCGUACAAGUGAUUUAAAUUGCUCCUACAUAUUUAAACAAAAGCAAAAGUUUACAAAAUGAACGACCAACCACAACCAGCAAUAGCGGUAACCGAACUCAUCAAGGAGGCGUCCCGCAUUAAAGAGUUCAGAGGCGACAGAUCUUAUGACUUAUCGGCGUUUAUACGGGAAGUUGAAAUCAUCCUUCCGCUAUUUAAUCAAAACCUACCGCUGCAAGAAUUCAUAUUCCAGCGUCACAUCAGGACGAAGAUCCAGGGACAGGCAUUAAACACAAUCAGAACACUGGGACAAUCACCUACUUGGGACGAUAUAAAAAAAGAGCUGAUCAGGAAUUUCGGCGUGAAAGAAACAUACCACAGUCUCUACCACCAGGCGAUCACAACGAAAAAUUAUAAUGUACUCUUGACAUCAAUGAUGUUAAUAACACUGAUAAUAGGAUCGACCGCAACGAUAAUAACUGAAGACAUCAAAAGUGAAGACGGGUUUGCUGAAAUAAAACUCGACAACAUACAGGUGAUCACAGAUUUUGACAUCAUCCUCCACAUAAUCAAACCAAAGGAAAUAGAAAAUAUUAUUGACGCACUUGAGAAUUUAGCAAAAGACUCGAAACUGACCGAAAAGGGACAAAUUCUAACACAGGAAUUUGCAAUACUACGAAGCAAACUUUAUACAUUACUACCUCACAGACAGAAAAGAGGACUAAUUAACAUAUUAGAUACAACAAUGAAAUGGCUAUAUGGAAGCAAAGUACGAGUAUGUCGUUGUCAACAGUAUCCUUACCUCAAACGAAAGGGAAUGAAAGCAGCAGCGUAUGCGGAUGACGUAGUGAUUAUAGUUUCAGGAAUGUUUCCAACCAUAAUCAGUGAGAUAAUGGAAGAAGCUCUGGGAUUACGCAGCAGCUGGGCCACAGACUGUGGUCAAGUGUAA